AUGGGCUUCGCCAACCCGACCGGAGCGUCCGCACCCAGCGCUAGCGCCGGCGCUUCCGGAUCUAGCAGCAGCGGCUCUGCAGCCAAGCCCUCGUCGACCGCCAAUACCACGAGCGGCGCGAGCUCGAUCGCGGUAGACUUAUUCCUGGCGCUGCUGGCGUCCCUCGCUGGCUUCGCGCUCGCUUGA